AUCGGAGCGCGCCGGGAACGCCCAGGAUGCAUGACUCUGUAUCUGUUGACUGAGGAUAAAUGGCCCCGGCUGCCGCAAGUGCAAUGCUACGCUUUCCGGACUUGCGAGAAGUCGGGUGGCACGCGGAGAUUGGACCCGCAGUCCCUACUGUGGUGUCGCCGGGCUGAUCACAAAGGACCCCGCUUGUCUGUUUCCGCCGCCAUCCCCGGCUACUACCCCGGACAGGUGAUACUUCAAUACCUGUGUUUUGGACGCUGUGUUCACAAUGGAGUUUCCUGACUUGGGGAAGCACUGCUCAGAACCGACUUGCAAGCAACUAGAUUUUCUGCCAAUAACAUGUGAUGCAUGUAAAGAAGAUUUCUGUAAAGACCAUUUUUCCUAUUGGAGUCAUAAGUGUCCCUUUGCAUUCAAGAAGGAUGUGCAGGUGCCCGUGUGUCCCCUCUGCAAUGUCCCCAUCCCUGUGAAAAGAGGUGAGAUCCCAGAUGUGGUGGUUGGAGAACACAUUGACAGAGAUUGCACCUUUCACCCUGGGAGGAACCAAAAGGUUUUCACACACCGAUGCUCGAAACCGGGAUGCAGGAAGAAGGAGAUGCUGCCGCUGGCUUGUGCACAGUGCCGUGGCAACUUCUGCAUUCAGCACAGGCAUCCUCUGGACCACAGCUGCCAGGCUGAGAGCAGCGCCACCAGCCGGGGGAGGCCUUCAGCAUCCAGAGCUCCUGAGCAGAGGCCAUCGGGAAUCAGCUGGCUGGCCCAGCAACUCAGGCGGACGGUGAAGUGAUGACGAGGCUCCUGUCUGGGCCUCACACCAGCUCCUUCCUCUUGGGUUUUAACCUUGGUGGUAUGGCCUCCAGUGCUUUCCUGAUUCUCCUGGUAGACUGAGUCUUCAAGGAAAAGUCUCCCACUGACUGUUCAAGUUAGGGCAGGAGAUGGCUCAGUGGGUUCAGCGCUUGCCUCACAAGAGGAGGACCUGGUUUACUCCAGAGUCCAUGGUUGGUUUGUUUUUUUUUUUUUUUGGGGGGGGGGGUGUUGAGACAGGGUUUUCCUGUGUAGCUUUGCGCCUUUCCUGGAUCUUGCUCUGUAGACCAGGCUGGCCUCGAACUCACAGAGAUCCACCUGGCUCUGCCUCCCGAGUGCUGGAAUUGAAGGCAUGCGCCGCCACCACCACCACCACCACCACCACUGCGCGGCCAAAGUCCAUGGUUUUUUUUGUUUUUGUUUUUUUCCAGAGCUGAGGACCGAACCCAGGGCCUUGCGCAUGCUAGGCAAGCGCUCUGCCACUGAGCUAAAUCCCCAACCCCAAGAGUCCAUGUUUUAAAAAACCAGACGUGGGGCUGGAGAGAUGGCUCAGAGGUUAAGAGCACUGACUGUUCUUCCAGAGGUCCUGAGUUCAAUUCCCAGCAACCACAUGGUGGCUCACAACCAUCUGUUAUGAGACCUGGUGCCCUCUUCUGUGUACAUAAUAAAUAAGUCUUAAAAAAAAAAAAAAAAAGCUAGGCGUGGUUGGUGCACACUUGUAAUCUCUCAUUCCUGGGGAGCUGGAGACAGGAAGAUCCCUGGAGCUCUCUGACUAACAGCCUAGUCUAAUUGGAGAGUUCCAGGCCAGAGAGACACCACCUCGAAAAACAAAGUGGACCCUUCCUGAGGAUUGACCUAUGGCUCCACACACUCAUGUGUACCCAUAUGUAUAUACACACACAAGAUGCACAAACUAACAAAGUAAAUGAGGCUGUUCAGAAGCUUUGAGGUGGGUUAGGUUAUAGCACUGCUGAGUUCAGGAGCUGAGGACCUGUGCAAACCUCAUUAGCAGUGGCUUUGGGUGUUAAACCAUUUCAGGACUUGGUGUUCUGGAAAAUUCUGUCCUGUAACAGAAAAGAGCUACUGAUGGGUCUGCAUUCUUCCCUGUGUGGCUCUUGUAAUGAGGUGCCAGUUGGACACAGUCCCUCAUGGUCCCCAAGAACACUAGUUUUGACCUCGGGCUCGGACUGCUGUGGAGGAGGGUGUGCACUCGGCCCACAGUGCUAUCUCCACAGUUGACGUAAGCAGCCAGCUUACCCAUGCCAUGACUCCUCAUGCCUGGGUUCAGAGUCUCACUAUACAGCUCCAACUGUCCUGGAACUCACUUUGUAAACCAGGCUGGCCUUGAACUCGGAGAUCCACCUGCCUCUGCCUCCUGGUUUUAACUCCCAAGAAGAACAUCACGAAAUGGGAGCCAUCUCAGAACUUCCGGGGUUGAAACAGAAGCUUCUCAUGCCGAAGCACCACAGUGUCGGGCAGAGAGAGGGCUCCUUGGGCUCUGUGAGGAGCAGAAACUCAGAGGAGGACCAGUGAGGUGGGCCGCAGGGUGUAGCCACCAUUGCUCCAGUGUCACCCGUGUGUCCUGACCAUUUCUACCGCCAGCUGGCCAUGACAUUGUGGGGGAAGAGCGUGUCUGGAAUACUCUGGUGACAGGUACCAGCAUUAGAUUGAUCCAUUGUUUAUAUGUUGAAAUAUUUUAUAUAUAAUGGUUAAUAAACUAAUUUAUUUCA